AUAUCAAUCUUGGGAAAGUUAUAAUUUUUCAAGUGGAUAGAAGAAAAGAAAAAAUACAAUAAAAAAUAGAUAUGGUUGUGCGCCUGUGUGAGAAAACAGCAAUAGCAACAGCAAUAGUAACAGCAGUAACAGCAGUAGUGCAAGCUUUGAUGCAAGCGGGACACGGUGGACGACCGCGGCCACUCCUCGACGUAGGGGUUGACUUUUCCCUCGGUCGCUACUGAUUCUACGUCUUCGUUUUUGUCGUCGUCUUAGCCGUCGUCUUAGCCGUCGUCGUUGUCGUCGUCUUUGUCAUCAUCGUCAUCCUCAUCGUCAUCGUUAUCGUUAGCGUCAUCGUCAUCCACAUCGUAAUCGUCAUUGUCAUCGUCAUCGUCAUCAUUACCAUCGACGUCGUUCUAUUUUGUUUGAAAGUACAGUGCGGGCACGUUACAACAACUUUAUGUGAUAGAUCGUGCGUGCAACCGAGCGUACGUUUGAAAAAAAGAGAAAAAUAAAAAAAACAUAAGAAAGAGAAAGCGAGGGAGGGAAAGAGAGAAGACGAACGUACACGCGCGGCGCAUACGCAUACGUCGCGUAUUCACGUCGUUUCAAGGGCCUCCUCGACGUAAGCUCUUCUCCGUCCCAAGAGGAUCCACAUAAGAGGAUAUACUAAACUCGAUUUUUUCUUUUCUUCUUCAUUUUCUUCCUUUUCUUCUUCUUCUUCUUCUUUCUAUAUUCGUCAAGCCCUCGAGAAUGGCUACUAUCGAAGGUGUCCCGAUUCUUUUGAUCACUGCAAACGUCGGCAGUAUCUUCGAAGAGCCUAGUGUCAUGUUAAAGAUAUGGACAGAAGAAUUUUUAUCGACCAUAUCACGUUUGGAUCCAAAGUUUAUAGCGCUGCACUGCCAAGAAGUAGGUGGAAAGAAUUAUGAACAAAGUAUGAGACAUGUGGAAGACUUUGUUAGAUUACUAAUGUCGUCAGAAGAACUAAGGCUGUUUGAUAAAACAAGAGUAUUCCUAGAUGAAGACUAUUCGUCGGCUGAACAUUUUACAGCACUGGGAAAUUUUUAUUUUAUUCAUGAGUCUUUAAAAGAUGUUUUAUUAUGGGAUUUUAAAGAAUGUGUUUUCGCACCGGUAUUUGGCAAGGAAAUUCAUUCCGGUAAUAUAGAGGCGGUUACAACCAAAGAAAAAGCAAAAUUCCCUCAAGACUUUUUUCCUGAAUGUAAGUGGUCUAGAAAAGGAUAUUUGCGAACACGAUGGAGUAUUAGUGGAACUGUUUUUGAUCUCAUAAAUAUACACUUGUUCCAUGAUGCAAGUAAUUUUAUUGCAAUGGAAACUUUUCCAUCCGUUUAUAGUAAAACGCGCAGAAGAGCGUUAGAGCACACGUUAGAUAGAUUUCACAGUGACAAAUAUCCAAAAGCACCAUACUUUUUAUUUGGUGAUUUUAAUUUUAGAACUGACACUGCUGGUGUAAUUAAGAAACUCACUGAAGAUACUCAAGAAAAAAAAUUAUCAAAUAAAGGAAAUGUUUCGAAAUUACAAUUUCACAAUAAGGAAAAUGAUCUUAUAUUAUCAUUGGGCAAAAAAGAAUUCUCAUAUUAUGAACAUCAAAAUGUUUUUGUUGAUAAUAGUGGACAAUGGCUACGAGAAUAUGACAAGGAAUUGGAAGACUUUGAAGGAAGAUUGUUUGAAUUUCCAAUUAAUUUUAUUCCAAGUUAUCCUUUUCAAGAAGACGUAAACGAAGCUACAAGUUACAUGCAAACUAGAGUGCCAGCUUGGUGUGACAGAGUAUUACUGAGCCCCACUGCAAAAAUGCUAGUCCAAAAUAUAUCCUCUUCUAAUGCAGUAGAGUAUGGCAUAAUAGGAAGAACAACCUGCAUGGGUGAUCAUAAGCCAGUCUACUUGAGGAUUAAUCUCGCAUCAGUAGCAGGUAUGAUUAAUUGCUGCAGCUUGCCAUGUGCACCAGAGUUUUGCUUUCAAGUUCCUGACAAUUAUUUGGAUUUGUUACCAAUGUUGCCUGAUUGCACUAGUUACGUUAGAGCACAAAUCCUUUGUGCUGAUCGUUCAUCCAACCUAUUGCACGCAGUACCUAUUAAGCAUGAUCCCUAUACUCCAGACAGUAUGGACAGUCCAAGUCCAAAUGCUAUUUUAUUGUCAGGUGAGAUUCCUGAUCUAGAUAUCGAUCAAAUGAUUGAUGCUAGUGAUAGUGUUUUAACACUUCAAUCAGCUCAUUCAUCAAAUAUACCAAGACGUAUUGAUAGAGCUGUAUCUCCAGCUUUGUUGAAAUCAAAAUUAGAAUUAAUUGCACGUGAUAAAAAACGUGAAGCAGACAUGGAACGACGGUCCGUUAUGAAAAAGAAUUCAAGUCAAGGUCGCCUACGUUCAUGGCCUGAAAUUCAAGAACAAUAUUCAGAAAGAGAAAAAAGGAGAUACAAUAGUGACAUUUUAUGGCAAAGAUCAUCUAUAUUAACUGAAGCUUGGAUCAAAGGAAAAGGUCAACAGGGGUAUCAUCAUUUUUAUGACUCUAGGAAUUUUUCAACUUGUAAUUUAAAUUCUCCUGGUGGUGAAUUGAUUAUACCACGUAUAGCAAUAAUAAACGCAAGUAACAUUGAAUCUAAUGAAAGUUCAGUUUACUUGAAUGAUAAUAAAUGCAAUAAUUAUUUAGAUAGUAAAUCAAGUAUAUAUUCAAGUAGUCAAACUAAUCUAGCAUAUGAAGAGCCUUUAAAUGCAGAAACAAGAGUUCAGGAACUUUAUGCGCUAUCUGCUGCAGAUGACUUUGAUUCAUCGAAACAAAAUGAACAGAGAUACUUUAAUAAUAAAUCAAUAGAAGAUAUAACAUCAGUAGAUAGCAGAAUAAACGAAUUAACGGAGGAAACUUGUGGUGAAAAUAUUUAUAAUUUACAAGAUAUAGGAUCAAAUGUAAAUUAUGAAAAUCAAUGCAGUGAAAUGCAAAAAAGCAGCAAAGCGAAUAGUAUUGUAAUUACUAAAAAUGUAAAUUUAUGUGAUUCAAGAGAUAAUUUGGAAAGUGAGGAAAUUCACUCGAAAGAAUUUUCUAUUCAAGUUAACAGUAUAAGUAAAGAAGAGUGUAGGAAACAUGAAAGAGUAGUUAAUAUACAGUCACAAAUUAUGAGUCAAGAAAAAUAUGAUGGUGAUAUAAAAACAGCUUCUUCGAGCGUAUGUAGGAUAGUAGGAAAUGAUUUGGAAAUAUUGAGGUGUGAGAGUAAACUAGAGAUGGCUUCCAAAAAUACUACUAGAAGUAAUUCAAUAAAAAGCCAAGAUAUUAGUGAUAAUACAGGAAAUGUUAGAUUAAAAUUGAAAGCUUAUAAAGUAACACAAAAAUAUAAAAAUAAUAUUGUACAAAAACAGAGUAGAUGUCAAAGAUGUUGCUGUGUCAUUUCAUGAGAGUCAUUAUUCAUUAUUGUUUUCUUUAAAUACAUGUAUGUAUACAUGUUUUCUUUAAUUUUUCUAUCCCAUAUGUUUCUCAUUACAAUUCUUAUCACUUGCAUAGAAUAUUUAUUGAACAUAAAUCUUUCUAUUUCAUCUUUAUAUUUCCAGUUCAAACUAUGACUGAUUGUGACUGGUAUAAAUCAAAGAUUCAUUAUUUAAAUAUUUCUUAUCAAGAAAAAUAGUAUUAUAUUUUCUUACGUCCAUUAAGAAAUGUCAUAAUGAAGUAGAAAAAGAAAAUUAGAAAGAUUAGAAAAAAAAAUAGAAUUAUACUAGAGGAAAAGAAUUUUAAUA